AUGAACAAUCAAUUAUUUGCAAAAACAAAUUUAGAAUUGAAGAAUUUCAAACUUGAAAAUCAAACAACGAAUGAUGAUACAUUGACAUCAAAUGUUGUUCAAGAAGAACAAGAACAAUUGACAAAUUCAGAUGAACAAACGAAUCACACUGAAAUAUCCAUAGAAGUGACAUUUUCAAUAUUAAAUCAAGUCUCACGACAAUGGAUUAAUGAAGAGAAAGAUUCACUCUCUUACACAAACAGAUACACAUCAGUUCUAAAGAAAAUCAUUCAUUCAUUAGAAAAUCAAUCGUCAAAUGAUCAAAAUGAUUCGUUAAUCAUCAAAAAUAUUUAUUCGAAAACAUUGAAUAAUUUACUCCCGUAUUUAACAAGAUUUUGGAUAAUUGAUCAAUUAAAAUUGAAUGAAAAAGUUCUAAAGAAUGAACAAAUUCAAAUAAUUGAAUAUUUGGAAAUCAUUCAAACAAUUUAUUCCGAUGAGAAAAUGUUUCAAGUAAUUGAAUCAAUUCAAAAAUUGUGUCAAAAGAAAAAAAUCAUACCUCAACAAAUUAUUGAUUUAUUAAUGAAAAUUUCUAACCACGAAUGGACAUUAGAGAAAAAGAUAUUUGAUAUAAUUGAAAACAAUGAAAUCAAUCAAUGGGAAAAACAAAUUGAAAAUUAUUUGAAGGAAAAACGUUCAAAAAAACGAGAAUUAAUUCAAUUAAAGAAAGAAGAUGAAAAAAGUUUAAAUACUUGCAUCAAAGACUAUCCAAAUGGUGAAGAUAUUCUAGCUGAUUUAAACUCAUUAUUAAGCGAUAAAGAAGAUGAUAAUUUUUGUCGAUUGGUAAAAAAUUGGUCGACAAGAUCAAUCGAUAUUGUUUAUGGUGAAUGUUCAUGUUUUGAACGAGAUAUUUUAUUAACAGAAUUUAAUAAAAAUGAUUUCGAACAAAAUAUCAUUGGUCAACGAAUGUCAAACAAUAGUAUUUCAAGUGUUAUUAUCGAUGAAGUUGAUAGUAUGUUAUUAGAUAAAGCAAAUAUGGUUCUUUAUUUAUCACAUAAUAUCGAUACAUCAAAAUCUUUAGAAAGAAUAUUUAUUUCAAUUUGGCAAACAAUUAAUCAAACAGUGUUUGAUUCCAUAGGUAGUCAUAUGAUUGAUGAUGAUGUUAUUGAAUUAGUAUCGAAUAUCAUAUUCGAACAAAUUGAGAAUAAAAAUAUUGAAAUACCAGAAUAUUAA